CUUGAAUCAUCGCCGUAAAAAAACUAUCUCUCUCUCUCUCUCUGUCUGUCUAACUCAGUGAAAAGCUAUGAACAAACUCAUCUCCCGUGUGAUCUUUCUCCUCACCACUCUCCUCCUCUCCUCCUCCCUCACCUCACCGAUGUAUUAUCCAUCGGUUCACGACGUCCUCCGAGCUAAAGGACUCCCCGCGGGACUCUUACCUCAAGAGGUCGAGUCUUACAUUCUCCACAACGACGGUCGUCUCGAGGUUUUCCUCGCGAGGCCGUGCUACGCCAAAUUCGAGACCAACGUCCACUUCGCCGCCGUGGUGAGGGCGAAUCUGAGCUACGGGAGCCUCAGCGGAGUAGAAGGGCUCUCGCAGAAGGAGCUCUUCUUGUGGCUUCAGGUGAAAGAUAUCGUCGUCGAGAAUCCAAACUCCGGUGUCAUUGUUUUUGAUAUCGGCGUUGCUUUCAAACAGCUUGCGCUCGCUCUCUUUGAAGAUCCUCCCAAGUGUAACCCUUACGGUGUUUUGAAGAGAAAGACGAGAAGAGACAGAGGAUUUAAAGCUCAGAUGUAAGAAGUAGAGAGAAAAGAGAGCUAGAGCCUGGAGUUGUCUGUUUGAAAUGUUUCAUAUUUGUAAACUAAUCAGAAUGAUUAGUAGUAUGUUAAUUUUAUGAUCGUAGAAUAGAAUUUGAUUUGAGAGUUCUUGUAAAGAUGAGAUUCCCAAUGUUCUAUUCUCUGUGUUUAAAUUUCUAUAUAUAUAUUUCAGUAUCUUUGACUAAAA